AUGGUUUUGUGCACCGUUCUCGCGUUGUUUUAUUUAAUUUCUGAGUACAUUAUGUCCGAAAACAAAGAGCGCACUUUCAUCAUGAUCAAGCCGGACGGCGUGCAGCGCGGCUUGGUCGGAAAAAUCAUUCAACGCUUUGAAGAAAAGGGCUUUAAGCUCGUUGCUAUGAAGAUGGAGUGGGCGACGGAGGACCAUCUUAAAAAGCACUAUGCAGAUCUUGCCGAGAGACCCUUUUUCCCUGGUUUAGUAAAGUAUAUGAGCUCUGGACCUGUAGUCCCAAUGGUUUGGGAAGGCUUAAAUGCAGUGAAGACAGGCCGAGUGAUGCUGGGAGAAACUAAUCCUAAGGAUUCUGCACCUGGAACUAUUCGAGGUGAUUAUUGCGUCCAUGUUGGAAGAAACAUCAUACAUGGCUCUGACUCAGUUGAGUCUGCAAAUAAAGAAAUCAAAUUGUGGUUCGGUGAAAGCGAUAAGAAACAAGUUGUCGAUUGGGCAUCCUGGGCUGAGAAGUGGAUCUACGAAUAAAUAUAAUGCCAUUGCCAUUAAUCAUUCCUAGGCUUUAUCACAGUUUUAUGGUAAAACGUGUCCUCUGUGCUGCUUUGUGAAUUUUUAAUUGUCAUUUUAUUAAUUACCUGUAAAAUAUGCCUCCGAACAAUAAUAAAGCGACAUUCAUACAGCA